AAAAAAGUAAUAAUGGAUUACAUUAACAUUCUAAAAAGUUUUGUUACGGGUUGGAGUAUCACAAAUUCCGUCACAAAUUAAUAAAAAUUAAAUUUUGCAGUUAAAAAAUAAUUGAAAAAGUGAAAAGUACUUUGUUAUGAUAUUUUUUUUUUUGGGCCCCUGAUGUUCCGUUGAUAUUAGAGUCCAAGAUUUUGAUUUCUAUAAGAACCGGAGAAGCUAAGGAGCUUUCUCGCAGACCUCUCCAAUUCCAAUAUUCUACCACUCCCAUUUCUUUGCAAAGAGAAAAAAUGAGUUCUGUUGAAACGACAAAACCGCAUGUGGUAUGUGUCCCAUUUCCAGCACAAGGCCAUGUCACCCCCUUGAUGCAGCUAGCCAAGCUACUACACUACAGAGGUUUCCACAUAACCUUUGUCAACACCGAGUUCAACCACCGCCGCUUCAUCCGCUCCAGGGGUGCGGACGCUGUCCAUGGCCUGCCGGAUUUCUGCUUUGAAACCAUUUCCGAUGGGUUACCGCCAUCUGAUCGCGAUGCAACGCAGGACGUUCCACCGCUCUGCGAUGCCACCAGAAAGAAUUGUCUCGUACCGUUCUUGGAGCUGCUUGGUAAGUUAAAUUCACAAGUACCACCGGUAACCUGCGUAGUCUCCGAUGGAGUUAUGGGCUUCGGUGUGAGAGCUGCUGAAGCACUUGGCAUACCAGCUGUUCAACUUUGGACUGCCUCAGCUUGUGGCUUCAUGGGAUAUUUGCAAUACAGUGUACUGUUAAAGAAAGGCAUUGUUCCAUUCGAAGAUGAAAGUUAUUUAAUUGAUGGUACUCUAGAAACCCCAUUGGAUUGGGUUCCUGGAAUGAGUAACAUGAGAUUAAGGGAUAUUCCAAGCUUUAUCAGAACCACCGAUUCAAAGGACAUAAUGUUUGAUUUCUUGGGAUCGGAAGCCCAAAACUGCUUGAAAUCACCGGUGAUUGCUUUCAACACAUUCGACGAGCUUGAACAAGAAGUCCUGGAGGCAAUUGCACCCAAAUCCCCUCCCAUGUACACAAUUGGACCACUUCUCCUCUUAUCCAGGCACGUUCCUGAAACUAAAUUCAAGUCACUCAGGUCUAGCCUAUGGAAGGAGGAUUUUGACUGCAUCGAGUGGCUAAAUGGAAAAGCAGAAAAUUCCGUCGUGUACGUAAAUUAUGGUAGCAUAACAGUGAUGAGCGAAGAGCACUUGAAGGAGUUUGCGUGGGGACUUGCAAAUAGCAAAUGCCAGUUUCUUUGGAUCCUCCGGUCUGACGUUGUGACAGGAUUGGGUUCUGCAAUUCUGCCUGAGGAAUUCUGUGAUGAGAUUAAGGAUCGAGGGAUGAUAACGAGUUGGUGCCCACAAGAUCAAAUGCUACGGACGGUGGGAAAGAUGAAGCCAGAAAUCAAAGAAGAGCAAGUGGGAGAUGAUGAAUUAGUUCUAGAAGAUUGAAUAAUAAUUGUUUGUUCCUUUAUCUUUUUUUUUUAAAAAAAAAAAGAAUAAUAAUUGUUUGUAGUUAUAUAAAAAAGUAAAUAAUGAUUGUUUUUAGUUAUAUAAAGAAAUUUUUUUUUUUUUA